AUGAUAGAAUCUAGAAUCGAGGAAAGGAACAAUAACUACCAAAAACUACCUGAUUAUUCAACAGUUCUUCAAAAGAGAGAAGAGGGAGCAAUACAGCUGCGAAAAAAGAAAAGAACGGAAAAUACACUUAAAAAAAGAGCGCUUUUGGCACCUGAAAUCAUUGAAGCAGACCCCAGCUUGCUUGAAAGGCCAAAGACUCCUCUAAACUUCAGAUACUCUUCAACGCUUAUUGAAUUGUGCCCAGCAUUAGGGACAUUUGAUAUUUCUCCUAAUGAUAAAAUCUCAAUCCUUUUUGAGCUAAUUAAAAAGCCACAAAAUCUUGAAAUUACAAGCGAAUUAGUAAAAUUGCUCACUCCCCCCCCCCUCCGUGAGUGAACAAAACCAUUAGAAAAAUCGCUGUUUUUUGCCCAAAAACCCACCCUCCGUGAGUGAACAAAAAUUUUUAUGGAAAAAAAUUUUGAUAUAUAAAUGAUAAUUAAUAUAAUGAAAUCUAGAGCUAAUUCUGUUUAAUUUUAAACAAAUUGCGUUUUAAAACAUAAAUUUUAUAAACUAAAUUAAUAUUUGCUUUCAAAUUUUGGCAAAUUAGGAUUUUUUAAAUUUCGAAAAAAAAAUUUUUUAGAAAAUUUAUAUAUAAAUUUUUUUACAAAAAAAAAAUUAACCCUCCUCCGUGAGUGAACAAAAUUUUUUUGUUCACUCACACGGAGGGGGGGGGAGUCAGGAAAAUCUUUUCAAGUGAGCAAAAUCCUCCUCUUGCUGAAGCUGUAACUUCAGGAGUUUCCAUAGUUUUAAUUGAAUUAUUGCGUACCGCUCCUUUAUAUAUCAAAUUAGAAGCUGCUUGAUGCAUUAUUAAUCUCACUUGCAGCCCUCCUGAUGUCGCUGAUUUAUUAAUACAGCAAGGCGCAGCACAAGCCUUGCUAGAAAAUUUAGACUCAGACUCCUUAGACUUAGUAGACUUAUGUGUCUGGGCAUUUGGAAACAUUGCAACAAACUCCGUAAAAGACAGAAAUAUGGUGAUAAAAAUGAAAAUAAUCGAUAAAUUGUUGCAAAUUUGUGAGAGAAAAAUGACAAAUACACUGAUAGAGGAUAUUUCAUGAGUAAUUUCUUGUUUAACAAUGCAUAAUCCUCCCACAGAUCCCAAUGAAUUUUAUAAAUUUCUUGAUUAUUUGCCUAUUUUUUUCGAAGCCAAUAAUAAUCGGGCAAUAGAAGAUUCAUGCAAAACUUUAGUGUUUUUAACUAAUCAAGGAUCAGAAUGAAUAGAUAAAGUAAUAAAAACUGGCCUGCUGCCUAAGAUAGCAGAGCUAUUAGUCAGUUCUGUUGCCAGUCUGCAAUUUUUGGCUUUAAAAAUCUUAGGAAAUGUCGCAACUGGAGAUGAGGAGCAGACUGAUCUUGCAAUUAAUUUAGGACUUGCAGAUCAAAUAGGGCAAGUUUUAAUGCCGACAGCAGUGUCUUCUGUAAAAAUGGAGUGCUUGUGGGCUAUUAGUAAUAUUUUGGCAGGAACAGCUGCACAGGUCACCUUGAUUAUAAAUAAGCCUUAUUUUCCUAAAAUUGUAAAUUUGAUGAUAGACUCAGAUUCAGCUAUGAGAAAAGAAGCAAUUUGGGCUAUUUCAAAUGCGACUUUCUGCAAAGAUCCAGAAACUAUACUUUCUUUACUUCAAUUCCCAGUAUUAGAAUAUUUCACAGAAGCUUUUGAACUAAAUGACAUAAAAAUUUACCACUCAGUAAUUUCUGCAAUUUACAAUAUCUUAAAAUCAGGUCAGCAAAGGCUAAAAAACGGAAAAAAUCUCGCAGCAGUUAAAUUUGAAGAGCUAGGAGGUGUCGAGAUUUUAGAAGAAAUUUUUAGGAAACAUGGGGAUGCAGCCAGCAAAAAAACACAGAGAAUUUUAGAAGAAUUUUAUGGGAUUAUUGAAGAAGACGAAGAAAUUCAAAUACUGACUGAGGUUCCUGCUACUUUUAUAUUUAGUUAA